AUGGGUGGUGUUAAAGCUUUUAGGAGUGCUGUCGAUAAGUACAAGAUGGAUACAGGUCACAAGAUUGUUAUUCUUAAAAAUGACAAAACUCGUUUUACUGCAAAGUGUGAAGAAGAUGGUUGUGCUUGGAGGAUUCAUUUUGGGCCUGUGAAUGGUGAUACUUCUCGGUUCGUGCUGAAAGAUUCAAACGCUCACAGGUUGAAGAGUCCUGCGGUAACAACCAAGUUAGUCAAACAUUUGAUCGUUGACAAUUUACAAGGUGAUCCUAGCUUAAAAUCCAGACAGAUCAUGUCACUUUUCAAGAAAACUUAUGGGUCCAAUAUUAAGUAUCACCAUGCCCGUAGAGGGAAAGAAGCUGUAUUUGAAGAACAGUAUGGCGAUGACGAGAAGUCGUAUAGCGAUUUUACUUGGUAUCUCAGGCCCAUGAUUUACUUGGAUGCUACUUUCCUUACUGGUAGAUACAGGGGUACUCUUAUGGCUGCUACAUGUAUCAACGGAAACAAUGAGUUUUACCCAUUUGCUUUUGCUAUUGUUUCUUCUGAAAACAAAGAUAAUUGGUUUUGGUUUCUGGAGAAUCUUCAACAUGUUGUCGAUGGUCGUCUGAUUGUUUUCCUUAGUGAUCGUCAUGAAGGACUUCUGCAGGGCAUUCCAAAAUAUUUUCCUAAUUCACAUCACAGCUAUUGCUUUUACCACAUCAAAUGCAAUCUCCCCAUUGGAUCAGGUGAUGCGAAUUCGAAGCCCGUUCUUGAUUUGUUUUACAAAGCUGCGUACUCUUACACACCAGCAAACUUUGAAGAAGCUUUGAGGGCAAUGCAUGCAAUUGGAGCUGGACAUGUUGCUAACUAUAUCAGGACUAUUCCAAAGGAGAAAUGGGCAAAUGUGUUUUUCCCUGUAUGCAGAUAUGGUGCUCACUCUUCAAAUCUUGCCGAGUCCUUUAACAACCGGGUUCUUCCUUUCAAAAAGUUGCAUGCUUUUGUUCUUCUCGAUGCGAUACGAUACUUGUACACGUGUUCAUCUGUGAUUCUGCAACUGUGUGUUAUGGAGAAAAUGUCUGAGAGAAGGAUACUAGGUCUGGAAACAUUCAACACUAGGCUCACUCCUGAAUAUGAGGCUUUACUAAAGGAAAACAUCGACAUUGGUCGUACUUGGACUGUUCUUCAGUCCAUGGAAAGAUUGUAUGAAGUCAGGUGGCGAGUGAAUGGUUUUCCUUGUGCGCAUGCUUGUGCUGCCAUUCAAGCUACUAGAGAAGACAUCUAUUCAUUUAUUGAGACAUACUUCACCACCGAAUGGUACAACAUGACAUAUCAAGAGAUCAUCUUGCCAAUCCCCAAUUAUGACAAGCCGCAGUCUUAUGAUCCUAGUGAUAGGGUUAUUGUUCCUAUUCCUGUUCCUCCACCGGGUAGAUGA